UCAUGAAAGCAUUCGUUCCGCGCAAGUCCUUGUAUAAAGAUUCCAAGUAUAUAACUGUUGUCGUCGUCGUCGUCGUCGUCAUUGUGCAUUAUUUUUUCAUUUCAUGUGGAUUUUUUCUUGUGAAAUUGAACGAAGACAAAACGAUAAAGAAAAUAUUUAUUAAUCAAUCGAGAGUUGGAUUUAUUUGUACUUUCUUCUUUCUAUAUAUUUUCUUAAUUUUUUUAAACGAAAACAAAUAAUCAAACGCAAAUGAAUAACUGCUCAUGGCAAAGAACUCUCGAAGGUUUUUAUCAAAUCGGUCGUACGAUCGGUUACCGCGAGACUAUUUGAAAGAUAAUAAAAACACAAAUAAUAAGUGACUAAAAGAAAAUUAUACGUUUUGAAGGAUAUAAAGAUAGAACAAAAAGUUUCUUUUCUUCUUUCUUUUUUUGUGGCUAAUUUUUUUUCGAACGAGAUAAAAAAGAAGAGAAGGAGGACGAAAGAAGAGGCAAGAAAAACGCAGCCUUCUCGAAGUGUAAUUUACACACAUAUGUAUAUACAUAUAUACACAUGUAUAAGUUAUUUUAUUAAUUUCGUGAUCAUCGAACUGUGAUAUUACCCGCGCGACCAUACUUAUAUUAUUUAUAUAUAUAUAUAUAUGAGGUGAUAAUUUGUACAUAUUUACAUAUACUGUUCCUCGUUCGACUCUUUGUCUCUUCGUUGAGAAAAAUAGGUGACAAGUGAUCGUCUUAACGAAAAUAAGAAGAAGCAAAAGAAAUAUUAACGUCAUGGCAGAAAAAAUGUCAAAUUCAAACGAUGCUGAGAGGACGUCGUUGGUAGACUCAGCAUUAAUACCAAAAACCCAAUCAACCAUGGAUGAUGGGAAAAUCAAUUCAACGGCAAAUAGUACAAACAAUGACCCAGAAAGUGCGAGACCCAUUGACAAAGGUAGUGCCGUAAGGCAAGUUUUAGCAGCAUUGGUCGCUCAACUAGGAACAAUUAACACCGGAAUGACCUUUGGCUUUUCGGCCAUAGCACUUCCUCAACUCCAAGAAGCUAAUAGUACAAUUCCAAUUGUUCAAGGAUCGUCGGAAGAAUCUUGGAUAGCUAGCAUGUCGUCCAUUGGUACUCCAAUCGGUUGCUUAGCAUCAGGAUACAUGAUGGAUAUGUUUGGAAGAAAGAGAUCCUUAAUUAUCACUGAAAUUCCAGCAUUACUUGGUUGGAUAUUAAUCGCAGCUGCAACCGAUAUUCGCAUGAUCUAUGCUGGAAGAUUCUUUGUUGGGCUUGGAUCUGGUAUGGUGGGUGCACCAGCUCGAGUCUAUGCUAGUGAAGUGACUCAACCACAUCUUAGAGGAAUGUUAACAGCAAUGUCGAGCGUUGGUGUUAGUACGGGUGUUCUGAUAGAAUACGCUCUUGGAAGUCUCCUCUCGUGGAAUAUUUGUGCGGCCAUCAGCGGAAUUCUUCCGCUUGCUGCUUUAAUAUUAAUGUUCAUAUUCCCGGAAACUCCGUCUUAUCUAAUAUCUCGAAAUAAGCCGGAUAAAGCGAGAAAAGCUUUGCAACAAUUCCGUGAUAAUAACUACAAUAUUGAUCAAGAAAUGGAAACAUUGGAACAGUUCUCCAAUAAGAAUAAUCUCAAACGAUUAACUGGAUUCCGUGAAAUCGUUAGUGCACUUCUCAAGCCUAAUGCUCUUAAACCAUAUGCUUUGCUAUUUUUAUAUUUUUUGAUUUACCAAUUUUCCGGUACGAACGUGAUAACAUUUUAUGCGGUUGAAAUUUUUAAUGAUUCCGGAACAACAAUAAAUAAGUAUUUGGCUGCGGUCAUUUUGGGUAUAGUAAGAUUAGUUUCUACAAUAGUUGCUUGCAUCGCGUGUAGACGUUCCGGUAGAAGGCCACUUACUAUGGUAUCCUCUGUGGGUUGUGGUCUAUCUAUGAUCGGAUUAGGUAGUUAUAUGUGGUUAAAGGAAUAUUGGGUAAUUAAUCAUUUACCAUUUGUUGCUACCUGGAUACCAGUUUUUUGCAUAUUUUCCUACACGGUCACAUGUACCCUCGGAUUCUUAGUCAUUCCUUGGAUAAUGAUCGGAGAAGUAUAUCCCGUACAAGUUCGAGGUAUUAUCGGUGGUUUAACGACAAUGACCGCUCAUUGUUUCAUUUUCGUAGUUGUAAAAACGUAUCCCUUCUUUGCAAGUGCACUCACGAGGCAUGGCACUUUUAUUCUUUACGGUUGUAUAUCAUUAUUCGGUACAAUAUAUUUUUAUAUAUGUCUUCCUGAGACCAAAGGUAAAACUCUUCAAGAGAUAGAAGACUACUUCUCUGGAAGAAGUAAUAGUUUGUACACUGGAAGAAUGCGUAAUAGUCCACAAGUAUUAGAAAUUAAAAAGGGCCAGAUUCUACCUUAAUGGUGCUGAUCAAUUUCAUUUUAUAAAAACAACGUUAACGCAUGUAAGAAGGUCCUUAUAAUAUAAUCGCACAUCGCGUACGGUGCUAAUAAUUAUUUGAACUAUUAACUUUUUCAUUUUUUAAAAAAAUCCUCGUGUUGCUAAUACAACUAACAAUAAGAGUUGACUUAUUGCUUAUUGUUAGUAUCAAGGUGCCUUGUAUUCGAACUGUGAUCCAUUUCUUUCGAUUUUCAUCGAUUUUUUGAGAAAUAUAUUAGAAUAACUAAUACAAUAUUUCACAGCUUUUAUAAUAGAUAGUACGAUAUAUUUCAUUUUCUAUAUCUCUAUUUUUUUUCUUUUUAAUAUUUCAAUAGCUUUAUCAAUAGCAUCCGUCUUAUUCGUUAAUACUGUACGCAUGUAUAUAUAUGUAUCUUAUUUAUUUUAGUUUUAUUUGUAUAAUUCUCUGCAUAAAAUUAUUUUAUUGCACUUGUAUAUUACUCGCAAGCAAAUAUAAUUUUUUUCAUACGCAAAUUAAAAAAUCUAACGAAUAUAAUGUGAAAAGAAAACGACUUCCGAUGUUAUUUAUUAUUAUAAAACAGUACAUAUAACUUUGACCAAAAAACAAAUUAAUAAAAAGUAAGCAUUGCUUUUAAAAUACCGCGUGGAGCAAUUGGAGUAUACAAAAGACUUAAACAAAUCUAACCAAAAUGACUCUUAUUGUGUAUUUGUAAAUAGGAUAAUCAAUUUUGUAGAUCUAUAUGUUGUAUGUAUUCGUUGAUAAAAACAGGUGCUGAUAUAUUUAUUAGAAUCGAUAUCGUUAACUUUAUCUGUACGGUUUAAAUGCAAAAAAUAAUGCUUUAAAUAAAUUUGAAAUAUUUUUAAUACAAUAAUAAGCGCAAUAAAAUCGAAAAUCUUUGUAUAUACGUAAAACAAAAUUAUUCAAAGGUGCUAUUUAAGGAAAAAACAAAAAAAAAGAAAAGAGAUGCCUUCGAAAGACAUUUACUAUUAUUUCUAAUAAACAUAUUCCUGCAUAUUAUCGAUAUGUGUACAAUUAAAGAAAAGGUGCUAUUUAUUAUAUAUUAUAUAGUAUUAUUUUAUAGUAUAAUGUUUGUAUAUAAACGACUAAUGUGUGACCAUGGAAUAAAGAUAAUUCUUAAAUGGUUAAAAACGUCAUAUACGAACGUAAAGUCUUUAAGAUCGUGGCAGAUUUGGACAAAUUUUAUUUCUUUAAUAUAGCUAUAAUUAAUUAUUUUCACAUAGAGAUACAGAUAAGAAAUCCUUUGAUAUUUAUCGUUUAGCAUAUAUACAGCAUUCAAUUUGUUAUCUUUGUACAUAAAAUCAAAUAUUUAAUUCUAAUUUACAUGUCGCUUAUAUAAACUACUCCUCAAGAAAUAAUAAGACGAGCGACUUAACUUUUUUUUUUUUACAAAACAGUAAUAAUACAAAAAUUUGUCUAUAAAAUUUCUUGUUAUACUUUAUUCUACAUCCUUGUAUACUUUGUAUUUAAACGUAAAGGUAAGCAUCAUUGAAUUAAAUUUUCAUUUGAAAAAU